UGGAGGAUGAAUUGCAUUUCCCAGAUUUUCCUGAUCAGACAAGUGGAAAAUAACUUCAUGGUUUCCACAGGGAGCUCACAACACUAGAAAAAGCUGAGUGCCUCAGAGUCCCUGAAAAAUGACAGAUAACGCCCCUGCUGCUAACCUCAACGCAGAUGCAUCAGCAGCCACAGGGCCUACCACACCGCGCAAGGGGCCUCCCAAGUUCAAGCAAAGGCAGACAAGGCAGUUCAAAAGCAAGCCCCCUAAGAAAGGGGUAAAAGGUUUUGGAGAUGACAUCCCAGGAAUGGAGGGACUUGGAACAGAUAUUACAGUGAUCUGUCCUUGGGAAGCUUUCAGCCAUCUGGAACUUCAUGAGUUGGCACAAUUUGGAAUCAUCUAAUUCUCCAGCACCCUUGCUUA